AUGGCCUCGGCGUCGCGCGCGCUCCUUCUGUCCCGGUUCUCGCCCCUCCCCGCCGCCGCCUCCCACUCCCUCCGCCCACUCGCCGCCGUGGGGAGCCUCCUCCCGGCGCCGCUGGUCCCGUCCCCGGCCGCGGCGGCCAGGCGGUUCGCGACGCAGCCCGCGCACUCGUCGCUGCGGGACUCUUCCCCGAACUGGAGCAACCGCCCGCCCAAGGAGACGAUCCUCCUCGACGGGUGCGACUUCGAGCACUGGCUCGUUGUCAUGGAGCCACCCCCAGGCGACGGCGCCAACCCCGACAUCCCCCGCGACGAGAUCAUCGACAGCUACAUCAAGACCCUCGCUCAGGUCGUCGGAAGUGAAGAAGAAGCAAGGAUGAAGAUCUACUUUGUGUCAACUCGGCAUUAUUUUGCUUUUGGAGCCCUAGUAUCUGAGGAACUCUCCUAUAAACUUAAAGAGUUGCCUAAGGUCCGCUGGGUCCUUCCUGAUUCAUACCUGGAUGUCAGAAACAAGGACUAUGGAGGGGAACCAUUUAUUGAUGGGCAAGCUGUUCCAUACGAUCCCAAAUACCAUGAGGAAUGGGUGAUUAACAAUCGUCGUGCUAAUGAACCCCGGCACAAACGCGGCGACAGACCUCGCAACUUUGACAAGAGAAGGGAGAACACAUAUCAAAGCAGGCCUGCUCCACCAAAGCAAAACCAAAUGCCACCCCGCGACGCUUCUCCAGUGCGCCCUACACAGGGGCCGCCACCACCAAAUUACCAGCCCCAUGCAGCAAACUGGCAAUCAGGCUAUGUUCCAGCAGGGGGACCAAACUAUCAGAACACAUCACACCCUGGAUACCAAGGUGCCCCAACUCCUGGGUACCAAGCUGGUAACCAUGGUGGCAACAUGCACGGCGUUGGUCCUAGCUAUGGUGGUGGUGCACAAGGAUACCAAAACAUAGGCUACCAGGAGGGCAGUGGCAACUACAACAAUGCCGCACCACCGACCUAUGUGGGCAGGGACGGGCCAGGGAGGCAUUACCAAUAUAGAACACUUCUAGAAGAGCACUGCUGCUGUUUUGAGAACUAG